CGAGCUUCGUGGGCUUGUGCGUAGGGGCCAGUGGUUCGGGUCCUUGUGCUGGCACCGGGGGCGCCGGGUUGGCGACUUUGGCACUCUUGGAGUUGGGUGAGCGGCAUCUUGCGGGUCACAUGAGCCAGUGGCAUCGUGCCCGUGGGUGCUGGGGUCAGGGUCGCAGCUUUUCCGGAAGUUCAUCGGCCAAGAGGAAGGGCGGAAAGCACAUCCCGGAAAGGUGGAAAGACUAUCUCCCAGUUGGACAGCGCAUGCCUGGGACUCGUUUCAUUGCUUUCAGAGUUCCUUUAAAAAAAAGUUUUGAAAAGAAUCUUGCUCCAGAAGAAUGUCUUUCCCCCUUGGAUCUUUUUAACAAACUUCAAGAACAGAAUGAAGAACUUGGGCUGAUCGUUGACUUAACAUAUACUCGCCGCUAUUAUAAGCCAGAGGACGGACCAGAAACUAUUCGUUAUUUAAGAAUUUGUACAAUUGGGCAUCAGGUGCCAUAUGAUGACACUAUUUUUAAAUUCCAAUGUGUUGUUAAUGGGUUUUUGAAAGAAAAUAAAGAUAAUGACAGACUUAUUGGUGUCCACUGUACCCAUAGUUUAAACAGGACUGGCUACCUCAUCUGCAGAUAUUUGAUUGUUGUAGAAGGCAUUUGGCCAGAUGAUGCAAUUGACUACUGGUGUUUCAUCUUUACAAGUUCUCCAUCAUUCCAUAAGAAAGCUGCUCUUCUUGUUUCCUAAGAGAUGAUGAACAGUGGGAAUGCAGGUUCGAUCCCUGGUUGGGGAAAUGAGAUCCCACAUGCUGCAGGGCAACUAAGCCUGCAUGCCACAACUACUGAGGCCACCUGCACCGGAGCCAACGCGCAACAACUAGAGAGCCCAUGAGCCACAAGGAAGAUCCCACGCACUGCAACGAAGAGCCCUCGUGCUGCAACUAAUACCUGACACCGCCAAAAAUAAAUAAAUAAAUAAAAUAAAUAAA